AUGGCUCAAAUCGUUCGUCAGAGUAAAUUUCGGCAUGUGUACUGUAAACCAUUGAAGCACGAGCAAUGCAUGUCUGAUCUUCGAGUAACUGAGAUCACAUGGGAUUCGCUGUUCUGUUCGGUUAAUCCGAAGUUCGUGGCGUUCAUCACCAAGGGCGCCGGAGGACCGUUCAUGGUCAUCCCAGUGAACAAGGUGGGUCGAAUCGAUAAGGACUACCCGUUUGUAGAUGCUCAUAAAGCGCCCUGCCUGGAAGUGGCAUGGAGUCCCUUCAACGACAACGUCAUCGCAUCGUGCUCUGAGGAUACCACCGCCAAGGUAUGGCUGAUCCCUGAAAGAGGCCUAAUGAGAAAUCUUACGGAGCCAGCUGUCGAACUGUGUGGCCAUCAAAAGAGAGUCAACACACUCGCAUGGCACCCUGUUGCCAAUAAUCUUCUGCUUACAGCAGGUAUGUUACCCUUUUGA